GGUUUACCACAGCUAUCACAUGAUGUGGAUUUCCGCUUGAUGCAUUUGCUUUUGGCUGCACGGCAGGGCAGGACCACACAAUCGCUGAAGAGCUGCUGCAGCAGGACACGAUGCUGCUUUGAGGACUAUUCUACCAUGCACUCCAUCAUGAAUAUCAAUGGACUUCAGCGCCAGGGCAGCCAGGAGAGUUACAUUCUGGAUAAUACCCCAAAGAAGAAAAGUUCUCUGUGGUACCGAGCUUCACUGAGGGGGAACAGUGAUCGGCACCGUCACAGCACUGGCUCACAGCCCAGAGUUUGCAAGAGGAACUCUGCAUCUCUCUGUUUGCAGUCCAAGCCGGCUUACUCCAACUCACUGGUUGAUUACACAGACCCACAACGAACCACGAUUAUUUUGGAAAAGCAAGACAAUGAGACAUUUGGUUUUGAAAUUCAGACUUACGGGCUGCAGCUGAAAAACAGCCCUGCAGUGGAGAUGUGCACGUUUGUUUGCAAGGUGAACGAGGACAGUGUUGCUGAGAGUGCUGGCCUGACCGCAGGCGAUAUAAUUGUCACGGUCAAUGGCGUCAGCAUUGAAGGCUCAUCUCACCAGUGCGUGCUUGAUCAGAUAAGAAAAUCCACCAACUGUCUAAAACUAGAGACUGUUUGUGGGAAUAUAGUGAAGCAGAUAGAGUUGGAGAAGAAGAUGGACGCCCUCAAGCAAUCACUACGUGAGAAAUUGGUGGAGCUGCAGGGCCUUAAUUUACAGGAAAAGCGUCUAAUGCGAGGUAAUUUAAACGACAGCAGUCUCGACCUCCUGAUAGACUCCACAGCUAUUUUGAGCUCCCCCAUCAGGCGCUUGGGCCGGCGUUUUUCCAGUGACAGCAGCUACAGGAGUGUGAUGACAGAUGAUAGUGACCAAGCCAGUGUGUUUGGGGACGUGAUCUCACCCUGUCCCAGCAGUGCAGCCAGCACCACAGAUGAUAACUGCUUCUUCUCCAAAGACUUUCCUUCGCAAGACAGCUCUUCAGCUCACACAUCGAGCUCCAGCAAUCACCACCAACCUCUUGGCCGCUCCAGCAGCUCCAGUUUGGCCGGCAGCACCAGCUCUCUGUCUCCAUCCUGGGAGGAAACAAGGAUCUCGUCCUUGUUUGGAACCCUGCCCAGAAGAGGCAGGAGAACCAGUGUCCGCAAACACAUUCUCAAGUUAAUUCCUGGACUUCAACGAUCAGUUGAAGAGGAGGAGAUGGGAACAAACACUCAGUGAUUCGCUUUCCAAAUGCUCCUUGUGUCUAUUCAGUAUUAAGUGUUGGUAAACAGGGUCUGUCAAGUUCCUAACACAUUACAAAUAGAAACAGACAAUGCAAUCAAGUGUUUCGCCACACUUAAAAGCCUGGGUUAACCCUUCAUGGGAAUGCAAACAAGUUGGACACUUUUAUACUGUAUGCAUUUACCCCUAUAGUUCCUGCCUGGCUCGCUUGCUUGGCUUUAACUUGUGGCACAAAAGCAUUACAAAAACAAAUGCAGGCUGAAUGAAUGUAAACUGAACAGACUGUAAAGUGUGACAGAUGAAAUUAUAUAUCCUACUUACUUGAAUUCAUUUUUUGUCAUAUUCACAGAUUGUGAUGAGCAUUAAUCGAUUUAAGUCGCAGCAACUGUAUCAAUGUAGCCAACUUCAAAAUUUAAAACAAACAUGUAACCUAAAGCACAUGAGAAGACAUAAAUCACUUAUGACAUAUUCAGGUGCUCAAAACCAAAGCCAAGCCUCUACGCCCUAUAGAUAGCUGCUCAGCUCAAAAACAGGAUGUGGGUAUGAGAGUACUACUUAAGUGCUUUCAUUUCCAAAUUGUUUUUUCCGACUGUGUAUAAGUUUCUUUCAGUAUUCAGAAACACUGAAAGUAACAAUUUCUUGUAAAUUGUUGAAAUUGCUGUAAAAAUGUAUCAUUUAUUUUCUGUGGCAAGAGUGUCAUUAAUGUCGAUGAUCCACAGUCUUUUUUCUUUUGUAAAUAAAAUCAUGAUGUACAGAAAAUUCUUAACGAACAAUAAACUUUUAAAGAUG